UAUGAGAUCCUUGAAAUGCUAAUUAGAUAUGAUUAGACCUGAAUAUUAUAAAUAAUAAGAAUCAAUUGCAAAUUUAGAAAGUUAACUAAUAGCAUAUCAAAAUAUUGAAAAAGAGAUGAAGGAGAUAGAAUAAAUGUUACCUCAAAUAUCUGCUUUCACAUCUCUAUUUGUUCAACAAAAUGCUUAAAUAUUAGAAUUGCAAGACUUGAUGAUAUUAUAAAAUAACAUAAUUGAUAAAGUUCUAAAUCGAAAGGACAUCAAAAUAAACAACUUAAUCUUGGCAAGAGAACCAAAAUAAUAGAAGCAAUACACCAAUGAUUUACCUUUUGAAUCAUCCUAACUUCUUGAUAAUUUGCUUAGGUUAACAAGAUAAUAAGUGAAUGUAUUAACUGAAAGAUUUAUUCAUGAAUUAUUAUUAUGA